AAAAUAUUUUCAUUUCUUUCAAUUUAAACACAUGACGUUUCUAUCCGGUAAGCGAAAGGUAGCAACAUGGUAUAUAAAAAUACCGGGUUUCUACAGGUGGAUACUUUCUAUCUCUUACAGGCUACCUGUCGAUCCGGACCUAUAUAGCAGUGCCCAUAGUAGCGUUGUGGAGUGUUUUCGACCCGGAAUCCCCUUAGACUCGGAGGCUUGGCUCCGCCAAGAAGUCUCAAGAACGAUAUAUUCAACUUGAUUCCUCAAAGUUUUAGAUGAUUCAUUCUCACUUACAUGAAAAUAAUUUAAAACCUCCAAGUUAUGUCGUUCCAGAAGAAUAUGCGCCAAUGUCUGCUUCUUUUUCAAUUCGUGGCUACUUUUGCUAAUAUUGUUCAGCCCCGUCUUGAGUCGCAGAUAUGCGCAGUACCCAGCCCACCAUUCAUAUUUGACACUCAGAUAUGUGCAUCUUCUGAGGCCUUUCCCACCGAAAAUGACAACCCGCUAGGCGAACUACCAUCGCCACUAAAGGCCUGGAAAUCAGGUGGCCUUUGCCGCGGCGCUAGAGGUGAUAGGUUCUGCGUCUUCACCAACGAAAUGUUCAACUGGGGUGAAGGUGUCUCAGUGAUCACUACCUCAAAGAGUAUUGCGACCAUUUCAACACGACCAGCUUUCCUCACGGACGAGCCCCAGGGAAUUGAUUCAAAAUCAAAGCUAGUCGUCCCCUACCGUGAAGUGGAAAUACCGGGUAAAGAUAUCGGACUAGUAGCAACAAGAGCGAUACGAGCCGGGGAGCUCAUAAUGGCACGAACACCUGCUAUAAUGGUAAACGAAAAGGCAAUCAAUACUCUAGGAAAGAAAGUUGUAUCGGAACUCCUUGUUCGCGCUGUUCAGAAUCUCCCUUCUCACCACAGGGAAAGUCUACUUAAGUUGUCGACGCAUAGCAGUACAAGUGACUUUGGUGAUAAAAUUUAUAAAAUUCUCCAAACAAAUUCAUUCCGAACGGGCUACCACGAUGGGAUCAACCCGUUUUAUUCUCUGUUCACUGAAGUAUCGCGACUCAACCAUGACUGUCGGCCCACGUGCGCCUACUAUUUCGACCAUAGAGAUUUUCAUCAUAAAGUAUUAGCUGUGCGAGAUGUUAUGGAGGGUGAGGAGCUCACAAUAGCUUAUUAUGACCCCCUUCAAUCGCACUCGACGAGACAAGAGAAAUUACAAAAAGAAUGGGGUUUCCAAUGUUCAUGUCAGAGGUGCAAUGCUAAUGCGACAGCGAUAGCUGAAUCGGAUCGUAGGGUUUCUCAAAUACAUGCUCUAUGGAAAGAGUUGGAUGACCACUCGGCAUCAUCAAAAGGAUCUUCGAAAAAGGCGGAACUUUUAGUAUCGCUGUACGAACAAGAGGGGAUCUUAGGCCGGUUAAACGAAGCAUAUUAUCGAGCGGCAAUGGAAUAUAUUGGGAUUGGUGACGCUGAAACGGCAACAAAAUAUGCUGCUCUGUGCAUCGAAAACGGCCUACUGUUUGUAGGACCUGAUCGUCCUUUUAUCAAGAACAUGCAGGAACUCAUAGCGAAUCCAACAGGACAUCCUAAAUGGAAGUUCCGCUUGAGGGCCAAUUAAAUACCCAAUUGCCACUUAAAUCUCGCUGUCAUUUUUGCUUUAUCAAUAUUCAACACCAAUGGAGAACGAAUAUAGAGAGUUAUAGGUCAGACAUCCAAAUGUUAUAAUAGAAUAUUGGUUUGGCUAAACCAAAACAUUGCAUAGGAGGUAGUGAUUACUUAUUAAAUGGCUUCUAUUUGCAUAAGGCGGUAGACGUGAAGUCGUCGUCCGGUAGUAGCUGUCGGUAAUACCGGCUAUAAGCCAUGAAGAAAAG